CCAAAUUCCUUUGACUAAAUAAGGCCCAUACUAACACCCACCCGCCACCAUGCAGAGUGUGUGUAAAAUGAUUUCACUGUAAAAUAUAGACGCAUAAAUAAAAGUAAUCCCAUGGAUUAACAUGGCAUUGACUGUUCCUCAUAACAUUAAAGUUUGGGAAGCAGAUUUGAUUUGUUUAAAUUUCUGUAAAACGGAUGCAGUCUUAUAGACAAAUUUCUUUUUUUUUUGGCUUGAUUAUGUUUGGAAAAUGAUGCAAAUCAAAUUUUGAUUCACAAAAUGUAUGUUCGUAUGUCUUCACAUCAGCUAAACUUUUGUUUUAACAAAGUAGAAUUGACUAAAAGCUCUACUUUUUUAUUCACUGCGCUAAAUACAAUUUUGGUCAUCUUUUUUUUUUUUGUCUGUUUUUUUUUCCUCAGAGUUACACGGGUCAGACGGGCGGCGGUGGAGGAGGAGGCGGAGGCGGAGGAGGCGGUGCCUCCAGUGGAAGUGGAGCCGGGGAUGAAGACUAUGAGAUCCCACCCAUCACUCCACCCAACCACCCCGAACCUCAUCUUCUUCACCUGAUGGAGCACGACUCUGCGGGCUACCUCUGCCAUUCGCUGCCACACAACGGGCUCAUAAACCCGUAUUCCUACCCAGAGCUGCCCACACUCAUGAUGUCCAACAUGCUGGCGCAAGACAACCACCUCGUCUCCAGCCAAAUGCCCUCGAUGCAGGAGAUGGCUUUGCACCACCACCAACAGCAACACCAUCACCAGCAGCCCGACGGCGCUCUUUAUGACCCCACCCGUAACCACCCCCUGAUACACAACUCACCUUCGAUACUGCCAAACCCCAUGAGUGCACUGACCCAGCUAAACCCUCAGGUCAGCCGGAGUGCACUGCCUCACGGUUCCCCCUCACCUCCUGGAAGUAAAUCAGCCACACCUUCCCCUUCAAGCUCCAAUCAGGAGGAGGAGACUGAUCCUCAUUCGAAGAUCACAGGGGAGAAGCGGCCAUCUUCGGAGAUCAUGAAGCCCAAGCCCAAACCCCCAAAGAAGAAGAAGAAGAAGGACCCCAACGAACCGACGAAGCCCGUGUCAGCGUACGCCCUGUUCUUCAGGGACACCCAGGCGGCCAUCAAGGGGCAGAACCCCAACGCCACCUUUGGAGACGUCUCCAAAAUCGUGGCCUCCAUGUGGGACGGACUGGGGGAGGAGCAGAAACAGAGCUACAAGAGGAAAACAGAGGCUGCUAAGAAGGAGUACCUGAAAGCCCUGGCCGCCUACAGAGCCAGCCUGGUUUCCAAGACGUAUAACGAUCCAGUGGAAACAAAAAAUUCCCAAACCAGCCAGGCUUCACACAUGAUGCCCGGAAACCCGCCGCUCUACAGCGUGCCACCCCCACCUCAGGCGUCAUCACCGUACCUGGGGCCGGGGGCCUUCCCGCUCUCUGACCUGCAGAGCUACGCAGGACACGCCCCUCGCCACGCUCUGUCCCAGACGCUCAGCCAAUCACAGAUGCUGCCCAGCAUUAGUGCCUCGCCCCCCUCCUCCUUCCAGAUCAGCCCACCUCUCCACCCCCACCAGCAGCUCUCCCUGCACCAGAGCUCGCUCCUCAACCAGCCAAUCCGCAUGCAGCAGGUCCAGUCCCAGUCAAUCAUUUCUCAGCAAAUGGGGAUUCAGGCUUCUCUGCACUCCCCCCCACCAGGGCAGCAGGGGUUUUCCCACCUCCAGUCAGAAUACCAGAAGAGCAUCGGAGGUUCCCAGUCUCCAGGAGCUCCUGGCUCUGGUCCAGGAGUGGCUCAGACCCAUGAGUGGGACGGCGAGUACUGCAACCGCGAGUGUGGAAACCACUGCAGUGGCAGCAUGAUAGGCAGGGACAAGCCACUCUACCUCACCUGAAACUGAAGAUCAAACUCUGCUGACAAAUACCACACCCAGGAGUCCACUCUCAUGACCUCCUCCUCCGUUCUCCUCUCCCACCUCCCCAAAGUCCCCCCAAUCUGACGCACACUCUUACAUUACAACGCAAACACACACACACUUACAAACACACACCCCCACUUUCUGAACACAGCCACCUUUUUUUCUUGUAAAUGUAACGAUUCUUUUUCUCAGUUUCUAGACUUUGUGACCAGUUUUUGGACUAGAUGACUACUGUCUGUACCGCUUAUCGUAUUAGCAGUCCUCUUACUGUUUAAAGAAGCACUUAAAAAGGCAUUGCUUCCCUCCUCCCCCUCCCCACCCCGCAGCACCCCAGUCUGUCUCUGGUGCAGGGUGGGGCGAGUCUCUGUCCCCCUCAAAGUCCCUGCAGGGGCCCCAUGCAGCUUUAAUUAGAUUGAAAGGAGAGGGGGGGAAAUCCCCUUCUUUAAUCAAUUUCUUUUAAUUUAGCUUUUUCUAUAUUUUGUCUUAUUUAUUUCUGGCUUACAAAAUUGUUCUUCUUUAAUUUAAUUUUUUUUUUUUGCUGCCACUAAAAAGAAACAGGGCUUGUACUGUAGAGAAACGACGACUUCUAGUAGGUCCCGGCCUUGAUGUUAUGGUAGCUUUGCUUUAGGGCCCAAAAAUUAAUACAAAAAACCCGGGUGGGGAGAGAAGAAAAACAAAAAUAAUCAUGUUUUUUUUUUUUUUUUUUAAUAAAGACUUGUUGAGGUCUACUGAGCUGUCACAGUGUGAUUGUAAAUAUCACUUUUAUGGCAUCAAAUUAGGAAUUGGAAGUCCAGGUAGAUCAAUUUCUUCUUUAAUAUUACAUGUAUGUUAUUAUGUGUGCGAGCGGGUGUGCGCGUGUCUGUCUGGACGCUUUGCCAGCGGCGUGCAGCUCGGCGUUCCGAGUCCCGCUGGUGAAUUUGAACAGGCCUGUCUGUACAGCUGGAUUUCCGAGGAGCAUUUCACACUUUCCUUCUUGCAUUAAAUCUGUGCUCACUGGUGUGUUUUUUUUUCCAAUAAAGUUCAAUCUCAAACUGAA